AUGUGUGGGGCAGUGCUGAAACAUUCACCAGCUCCCUCUGAAGAACUUUACCACACGACAAAGCUAAAAGAACCUGCUCCAGUCAACCACAAAUCAUCGCAUGGCUUGGACCUCAAAGACCUCGACAAGCUCACCAGGAACAUUGGCAAAUUCACCCCAAGUGUGCCAGUUAAAGCCCUUGAAACUCACCUGGAUGAGUCAAGAAAUGAGAUCAGUCGCCUAACACAACAGCUUGACUACAUCAAAGAGAAGUCCGACAGCAUCAGAGAGGAACUCAGACAUGCCUACGAGCUGCGCCCUGAGCCUGCAAGGACCCGACGGCAAAAGGGGGAGGGGGCAGUGCUGAAACAUUCACCAGCUCCCUCUGAAGAACUUUACCACACGACAAAGCUAAAAGAACCUGCUCCAGUCAACCACAAAUCAUCGCAUGGCUUGGACCUCAAAGACCUCGACAAGCUCGCCAGAAACAUUGGCAAAUUCACCCCAAGUGUGCCAGGUAGCCAGGAUGUCCAAGCUUAUCUGCAAGACGUCGAUUUCCAUCUGGAAAUGAGACCCAUUGUCACUGACAAAGAUAGACUCUAUUUGCUCAGAACAACAGCCAGCCCUGAAGUGCGCAGUUUCCUGGACUGGCAGCCUGCUCACACAAAGACUGAUUACCACCUGCUCCGAGAAGCCAUCAUCAAAGAAUUCGCUGACCCUGAGUCAGAACAAGGACUAGUGGCUGCCCUGGAGACGAAACAAGGUCGUCAUGAAUCUCCUCAAGCCUACUACAGCCGACUCAGAACUCGCAACGAACCUGACAUGGAAGAUGACCUGAACUUCAAAACUCUCUUCCGGAGAAACCUUCAUACUGGGGUAAGCCACCAUCUUGGCGUCCUUGCAUGUCCGCGAACAAUGAGUGCUCAACAGUUGCGAGACUUGGCACACAAAGCUUACGGCAAACAAAAGAUGGCCUCGGAAAAGGGGGCCAAAUCCACAGCAGUUCUUGACUUGAACACUCAAAGUCAGGGGCUGGCUCUAGAGGGCACCCAACAUCAAGACCAUGCCAAGCCGCCACCCAAAGAGUGGAAUGCACCCUCGUCCAACAGAGAACGGGUCUCCCACACUGAAUGGGACUCCCACGCUGGUACCCGACCUAAACAGAGUAACAACCGCUGGGAUGGACCGCUUGGACGACAACACUCACCCGGACGUCACUGGGAGAAAUCAUGGAAUCAACCAAGCUCAUUUGGAAACUCAAGAGGGAAAAACUCAUGGGAAUCCAACAGAACCUCCAAGGGAAAACGACAAACACACCCUGGAGCAACCAGUCCAAGGAAUCAAGUCCGUGGCCACUCACGUCAACCAGGACAAAACAAAGAUCUCAAUGACCAAACUGAUGCCCUCGCCAAAGCAGGUGCAUUACACGGAGAGUCCUGGACAUGUCCUGCCCUCCCACCCACCCCAUCAGUGGCUGCUAUAACCCGCCGCCAGCACGCUACUGGCGUGCAAACCCCCGCCUCCUCCCACAUUGAACUCUCACCUCAAUUCGCCGCUGAUGAUCUCCUCACCCUCCUAGCUUCGGAUCCGACACUGCAAACUAUUGCUGCUCACCUUUCAGACCCAUUAACUCAUCCCAUUUCCACCUCCGACCUAGCCUCUUCCUACGAUCUCCGCACGCUCAACUCUAUCAAGCACAUGUUGCAUCUCAAAGACGGUGUUCUCACAUAUUCUGAGCCCCUCACUGAGGGGCACAUUCUCUGA